AAGGAUCGGCUCAGGACCAUCAUGAGAAUACUUUUUUUUUGUUGGGAUUCUGGCAAAGAGAGAUGGUUUAUAUUUUAUGCAGCGUAAAGUUGUGCGUAAAAGCGUUUGGAGAGUCAGCCCGCUGGAAGCGUCAUAAAUGAACACAUGACGUCCUCUUGCGUUCAGUGGGGCCACUACCAUCACAACCAGGUUGAUGCAAGAGUUCCGUUGUGCCGCAUGAACGCCUCCUUUGAGUGUCAGAACUUCUUCAAUCACGCAGGUUUUCUUCCUCUUUUUCCCCCCCGGACGCGUGUACCGAUUCCCACGUUGGCCCUCCUUGCUUUGGUUGCAAAUGUGCACAAGAAACGUGUCCGUCGAACACACUUGAAGUGCGCAUCCUCCCAGCAGCUCGGGUCACCUGGAUGCGGGCAGAAACACCUGCUGGCAGUGGAUGCACUGAACGCAGCACUUUUUCUUUCCAGUCAAGGACCCGACCAGGCUGUUCCCUCUCAGAGCGCAAAACAAAGAACCAAGUCGGUGUCGGUCAGAAAUCUCAGCUUUCUUUUCCUCUCGUUUUUAGUGUUUUUAAUCAUCUGAUAUGAUCUGGACGCUCGUGGUCCUCCACGUCCUCCUCCUGGGAGCUGAGAGCAGCAGCCGCGGGGGGAGGACGGUGACUUUCCACCGGACUCAGCAGGAUUUCGGGCGGGUCCAAGCGCGCGUACGCCCGGGGAGGGACACGAGCGGCUCCUCCGGCUCCACCAGGCCCGUUCACGGCCCCCCCUUCACCUCCUGUCGGACCCCCCUCACGCCCGUCGAGCACAAGGUUCUGGAUGAUAAUACGCACGAGACAGGGUUCAACGGCGAUGAUGGCUCCUAUGUGAUCCUCACAUGGGUGGGCGAUGGCACGGGGGUGGUCCUGGUGCUGUCGACGUUCAGUGCUCCGAUAGACUCCUUCAUCGAAGGCGGCUCCUCGCGACUCUACCGCAGCACGGACUACGCAAAGUCCUUCCACGACAUCUCCCAUCGGAUCAACAACACCUUCAUAAGGGAGGAGUUCGGAGUCAGCGUUGGACCCGGGAGCUCUGUGAUUCUGACAGCGGACGUCCCGGUGGUGAACCACCCGGGCGGGAUCAUCUUCACCUCCACGGACGCCGGCGCGACCUUCAAGUUCAUCCAGCUGCCCUUCCACCUGGCUCAGCCGAUCACGUACCACUUCCUCAACCCCGACUACCUCGUGGCCCUCAGCAUCGAUGGCGGCCUGUGGCUCUCUCUGGACUUUGGUGCCAAGUGGACAAAAGUUCACGAUGGAGUGCAUUCCUUCUCGUGGGGGGCCGGCGUCAACUUAUUCUUCGGCUGCAGUCGAACGGACGCAGUUGAGGCAGAAGAAAGAGGGGAUUUAGUCCUGAAGAGGACCAAAGACCUGGGGAGGACAUUCACCGUAAUCCACGAGGACAUCUACAGUUUUGGCUACAUAGGAGCCUUUCUGUUCUUCUCUGUGAUGGAGGAUCCGAGGUCCCCUCGGGUCAUGUACUUCUCAUCAGACCAGGGGGAAACCUUCAGUAGAGCACUGCUCCCUUCUGCCUCCACUGAGCAGUUCUACUCCAUCCUGGAUGGAGACACAGAUAUGCUCUUCUUGCACGUGGACAACCCAGGAGACACCUUCUUCGGAACAAUGUACACAUCAGACGACCGAGGCAUCUUGUUCUCCAAAUCACUGGAGCGCCACCUGUUUGAUGGGCAGAGGAAGAGCGAUUUCACCAACAUAACUUCCCUGAGAGGAGUCUACCUCACCAAUAAACUAGACACGGAUGGGCGUAUACGAUCCGUCAUUUCCUUUAACAGAGGAGGGACAUGGAGACCCCUUAACAAACCGGAGAAUGUGGAAUGUGAAGAGCAGGUCAAAAACUGCAAACUUCAUAUCCACGGAGAGCACAGUCGCAACAUCCGCAUCGUGCCCAUGCUGGCUCUGUCGGAGCCGAGGGCCAUUGGUCUGGUUAUCGCACACGGUACCGUGGGCGACUCCCUGUCAUCGUCACAGCACCCAGAUGUGUUUGUCUCCUCAGACGGGGGUUAUAACUGGAGGGGGACACUGAGAGGUCCUCACCACUACAGCAUAUUGGACUCUGGGGGUCUCAUCGUGGCUGUGGAGGUGCAGCGGGGAGGACAAGUCAAGACCAUCAAGUUUUCCACAGACGAGGGCCAAUGCUGGAAGUCCUACAACUUCACGGUGCAGCCUUUCUUCUUCGCCGGCCUGGCGUCAGAGCCGGGCACCAAGGCCAUGAACGUCAGCGUGUGGGGCUUCCGCCCCGAGGAGGACGGCCAGCCCAUGUGGGUGGCCGUCACCAUCGAUUUCCAGAGCCUCAUUACGAGAGAGUGUACCGACGAGGACUACGAAGAGUGGUUGGCGCACGCCACUGACGGCGGAGACUCGAGGACAAACGGCUGUCUCUUGGGUCUCAAAGAGACCUACAGGCGGCUGAAGAAACAGUCCGUGUGCAGGAACGGCCGAGGCUUCGUGGUGAGCAAGAAGCGAAGCCCCUGCCUGUGCACCAGGGAAGACUACUCAUGCGACUACGGCUUCUACCCUCACGUGAACACCUCGGAGUGCGUGAGACAACACGGCGCCGCCAAUAAGACCCUGGAGCUCUGCCUGAACGGAGAGGAGGACGAGCUGCUGACAUCGGGGUACCGCAGGGUCCCGAGCGACCGGUGUGAGGGGGGGUUCAGUCCUCAGCUCGCAGUGCAGACAGUCGUCAGACCCUGUGGAGUUAAACCCAGCCCGGGUCCACCCGCCAGGUCCUCUUCUCCGGUCACGCACUUUGACACACCGCGAGAGAGGCUGGUGUUGAUCCUGGUGUGUGCAGGAGCCGGGCUAAUUGUUGUGGUGGCGAUAGUUUCAGCAGUCUUUGCAGUGAGAAGAGGGCUUUACAGACACCGGUCACCAGUGUACCGUUUCUCCAACCUCCGGAUUCAGGACGAAGAUAACGGCGUCACGGCGGAUCUCGAGAGCGGCGCCAGCAGCAACGGCACGGCCUGCCAGCUGGAGUCAGAUGACGAUCUUAUUGAAUGACGCAAUUCUAUGGAUGCACUGAAUAUUCAGGAUUGGGACGAGCCGUGCUGAAGAAAAACUGCUAUGGACUUUUGUCAGACUUAUCCCCAAUAUCUUUAUGGGAGCACCCUCUGCGGAGAGGUUCGAGGAUUUAAAGGACGAGCAUGAAAGUGUCUAAUUUAUUGAGUUUGCUUAAUUUCAAUGUGUUACUUUGCUUAUUAUUUGAUUUAUUUGCACAGUAUUUGUAUUUCACUUUAAUUGUACUUAAAUUGUACCUUUAAUUGUACUGUGUCUUGUUACUUUCUAUCCAACGUGAAACCAAAUAAGACGAAGAAGUAACAAUGUGCAUUUGUAAAAAAAAAUUAAAAAAAAA